AUGAAUAGCGUCGAGGCCGACAAGGCCGGGAUGCCGGUUGCGCCACCUGAGGCGUUAUUGCCAGCGCCUUCAGCAUCCGCUGCUCCCACGUCAGCCCCAGGAAAAUUGGCCUCUCCCACUCCGGCUCCAACCCUCGAGUCUGCGCGGGGUCCUCUUCCAUCAUCAGCAUCUAACGCAACUGCGACGCGAGAAUCUGCGCAAACUGCCCCUUCAGCCCCUGCUGCUGCUCCCUCUUCCGCCUCCGCGUCUGUUGCGGCCACGGCUUCGACUUCGACGACCGGCGUCGAGGUCUCUUCCGGCGCAACUGCAACUGCAACUGCAACUGCCUCCGCCCCAGUCAAAGAUCGCGCCCCUUCCCCAGCGCAGGCUCCCGCGCGGGAGCCAUCAAAAGAGUCUGCAAACCCUCCUGGAGAAUCAAAGCCACCCAAACAUCCUAACGGCCACAAGACCUCCUUCAGAGACGAUCCCGACAGUGAACUUAGUGAACCCGCUAGCAGUGUUCAUUCCCCCUCCGGGGUUAGGUUCAACAAGCUCGAGGACGAGAUCGUUGUCGGUGAGCGCAACAGCCCCCGAAAGUUGUCACCUCUCCGCGUUGUGUCGGAUCGAGAAGACGAAGUCAUGGCCGACGUGGAUGAUGAGCCCAUCGUCUCCCAUUUUCCGAAGCGGAAGCGCACCUCUCUUUUCAACGACUUGAGUGAGAGCAAGAUUGAGAUUCCCAAGAGUGUCUCGGACGACAUGCCCACACCCACAGACUCAGUCAAGCCCAAGCCUGCUCGACCCAGUCUGAGCAAUGUCAAGGGUGCCAUCCUUGGAUACUGGAGAGGCUCCCCUGCACCCGACGAGAGAUCUAAGCAUGCAGUUAUUGGCUUCAUCGACGUCCGAGAUCGGCUGCGAACUCGCAUCCAGGCGAUCAAUACCGUGGGCGAAUUGGUAACAGAGGAGUAUCCCCUGCCCCCGGGCCCUAGUGGAAGCUGGGUUACUUUUGAGCGCAUCGUCUUCUCGGAUCAUCUUGUGAAUCUAGAUCACCAUCAAGUCAAGGAAUAUGUACGGAUUCGUUCCGACCCGCCCGAAGAAACGGACGAGGAGCGCAAGGCCGCGGAAAAAUCAGCUGUGGGGGAGGCAAAGCAACGCGUCAAGAUGAACCCCCUUGUCAACAACCCGAAUCCUCCUCUCAUCGCCUAUGGGCUAGAAAUGCCCGAGCAUCUUGCGACUACCAAACGCUCUGAUGCAAAGCGAAGAAGAGUGAGUGGUGGCUUCGCGACGAUCAAUCCCGCUCCGACCAACGGAGUUUCUCACGAACAGCCCGGUUCUGCACGCCAUCCCCUGGCAGCACAGCCUAUGCGACCUCCUGUUGACCCGCUUCCGGGAACACGCCCAACCCGCAUCCUGCUGGGAUACUGGAAGGGUUCUACGGAACCUAGUCUCAAGGAUCGCCAUGCAGUCUAUGGCAUCCUGGGUCAGAACGACAUGUUCCGUGUCAAGCUUGUCCGAGAGACACGCGAUGGCCGGUUCGUAGAUGGAAAUUUCCCCAUUGGCGCUGGUGCCUUGUGGAUUCAAUAUGAGGAAGUUGAGUUCGAGGAUCACCUGAAGCUACUCGCACGCCAUGAUAUCAGAGAGUAUUGUCGAGUCCGACAAUGGCAGCUUGAUCAUGGCGAAACCCCAGAUGAACGAGCCACGAAUGAGGCAAAGGCCGUUCAGGAGGCUCAAGUCCGUGCUGGAACUGGGUUUAAGAACAUCCCCCUCAUUGUCCUGUCUUCCCCCCCCAUCGCUCCCGAACCGCCCGCCGACUUCGUUGAUCAAAACGGAAGGGCUGGAUUCGGCGGCCAUGAGUUGCGCCAGAGCCGCCGCGUCGAAGCCAAGACGGAUGGCCGCCUUGCUCGGCAGCCACUCCCCAACGGCGAGAUCCGUCCAGCUGUGAACCGAGCGCAGAGCGGCGACGCUCUUGAGCGAACCAACACGCUAGCUCGCCGCGAGAUCGCCCGAGCUGAGGCUCCCCAAGGCCGCGCUGACCGACACGCAGCUAACCGAGAACGUGCUGCGGCUGCUGCCGCCGAUGCCACUGCUGCUGCUGCUGCCGCGAUUCCUGCCGUCACGACCAACGGCAGGAUGCGGUUCCACGAGUCAGAAGAGAUGCAGCGCCUGAACAAGGUAUGGGCCCGGCAGGAGAGCCUCCGAGUCAAGGCUGGCGCUGAGGAUGCCAAGAUUUACGGAGGCAUCAAGCAUGAGCGAAAGGCUACCGGCCCCUUCAUGGGCAAGCUGGUCUCGCAGGGCACCAUUAUCGACAUCGAUGGCGAGGACUACGUCGAGUAUCGCGUCCUCACAAAGCCAUCGUUCUUCUAG